AUGAGUGACGAACUGGUGAGAGAUAUGAGUGCCCUCUAUCGGGCAGCACGUCGUGGGGAUGUGCAAGCUUUGGAGCAUUUGUUGCAGCAAAACGCAUCCAUCCUUGACAACGUUCCAGAUGACGGCUGUGAAACUCCCUUGCACAUAUCUGCACUGCUAAAUCAUGCUUCAUUCACACAGGUUCUUCUAAAUCGUAAUGGUGACCUCGCCACUAGAAAGGAUUCUGCUGGAAGAACAGCCCUCCACUUGGCUUCUGGAGAGGAUAACUUGGAGGCCGUGCAGAUACUGCUAGAAUUUAAUGAUGAGCCAUGCUUGGUGGCAGAUAGAAAAGGAAGACUUCCUCUGCACUAUGCAGCUAUGAGGGGGAGGACAGAGGUUGUGGAAACGUUGGUCAUAGCGCGGCCAAAUUCUCUAGGUUGUCUUGACCCACAAGGUAAUAGUGUUUUUCACUUGUGUGUCACAUACAACCAUUUCAAGACUCUGCAAGCAUUGGUGAAAUUGGACUAUGCCACUGCCAAUGUCACUGUAGGCGCACCUCGUGCUCCCAUCUUUGUGCUCCCUAAUCAUACGGGAAACACCAUUCUCCAUUUAGCCGUUAUGUACAUGCGAGAUGAGACUGUCAGGUAUGUGCUGUCGAUUCCAGAAAUAAGAGAAAUAAGAAACCAGCAGAACAGUGAAGGCCUUACAGCCCACGAUAUACUCACAUAUGUGUGUCCAAAAGACUGGAAAAUCGAUGAAAUAAAAACCAUGUUGGAAAAUGACAGGGAAGGAAAUUGUUUUAUGAAGAUUGUUAAAUGGAUGCUAUGCUGGAUGAAGUAUGGGGACACUACUAAUUUUGUAGAAGAGGUGAGGGGGAAUCUGAGUGCGGCAUCUAUUUUCAUAACAACUGUAACCUUUCAAGCUUUAAUUAAUCCACCAGGAGGCUUCAUUCAACAAGGCUUAUUAUCCCAAGGCAAUACCACAAAUUCAUCAUCAUCUGACGCCCUCAACUGCACCACCCUUAAUGAUCUUCAUCAGUAUUGUCCCGGACAACCAGUCUCGUCCUUUCAUGACCAACAAAUAUUUCGGCUGUAUGUGGAAUGUAUUACUACGUCUUUUUUUGUAUCAAUUUGUGUCACCCUCUUGCUUGUAAGUGGAGUUCCUUUGCAGAACAGUGUGGUCGUGUGGGUUCUAUCCUUUGGCAUGUUGUCCACACUCUUCUUUCUUGCACUUGCAUACCUCGCCGCCCUCGACUUAAUGAUCCCAGAACAUCUUUCGGCAUCCGAACUGCGGAUCUUCACUUUCGAAGCUGAAGUUAAGAAGUUGCUGCUGAUCGAUCUGUAUCUGCCAAUUGAUGCCCGUCUGUGUUGUCGGCAAGAGAAAAGCAAUAGAUCAUGCAGGAGUUGCUUUUAUAAUUAUCGCUCCGGAGAACUGGAAGAGAAAUUCGGGGAUCCCUCUAAUUUCCUUCGCAUCCACAGGCUAACCCGUGAAGUCGAUUUCUUCAUUCCUCAGCUCCUUGCUUUUGCAGUUCCUCCUGCUCUGUUUCUUCACUGUACUGGAUUGAAAAGAGAAGUCAGUACAGAGCAUGCGAAGGAGAUAAGGAGGCAAGAUUCCAUGCCACGUGGAGCUGACACUUUUGCCCCUAGUGUUGUCCCAUAUGUAUGUAAUAAAAUUUCAAGUGAAGAAGAUCCUUAA